AUGUCAACAACUCUUACCGAGGAGGCAGCUGUCGAGCCAACUCCAGUUGUUGAGAAGAAUGUCAAGCGGAGGUGGGUCAGCUAUAUUUGGGACACAUUCGAUAAGUCGCCAGAAGAGCGACGGCUUCUUUUCAAAUUGGACUCUGCAAUUUUGACAUUUGCGUCAUUGGGAUACUUCAUCAAAUAUUUGGAUCAAAUCAAUAUAAACAAUGCUUUCGUGUCGGGGAUGAAGGAGGAUCUGGGGAUGUAUGGGAAUGAACUCAACUACAUGCAGACAUGCUGGACUGUCGGAUAUGUGCUUGGGGAAAUUCCGAGCAACAUUCUCCUGACUCGGAUCAGACCACGAUACUGGAUCCCAGCAGCCGAGCUUCUAUGGACUGUUUUGACUUUCAGUCUUUCGAGAUGCAACACACCUACUCAGUUUUACGUCCUUCGAUUUUUCAUCGGUUUGGCAGAGAGUACCUUCUAUCCGGGGAUGCAGUAUAUAAUUGGAUCUUGGUAUCGAAAAGAUGAGUUGGCAAAACGAUCAUGUAUAUUCCACACAAGCAGCGGUAUUGCUAGUAUGUUCUCUGGUUACCUGAUGGAUGCCGUCUUUAAGCUGGGAGGUCGAGGAGGAUUCAAGGGCUGGCAAUGGUUAUUCUUAAUCGACGGAGUCAUAUCUCUACCGGUGGCAAUAAGCGGCUUUUUCGUGCUUCCGGAUGUGCCUGAAAUUUCAAAUCCAUGGUAUCUCAACAAAGAUGAAGUUGAAUUGGCACAGAAACGAAUGAAGUUGGAGGGUCGGAAGGAGCGUGGGCCGUUUACGAAAUCCAAACUGAAGAAAAUCUUUUCUUCGUGGCACAUUUACCUCUUGACACUGUUGUAUAUUCUUUUCAACAAUGGCGCUGCAGGGUCCCAGCCUGUUUUUCAACAGUUUCUGAAAAACUCGACCGAUCCCGUUUAUUCUGUGGGCCAGAUCAACUCGUAUCCUACGACGACGUAUGCAGUACAAGUCGUGACAACACUUGCUUAUGCUUGGUCCUCGGACACGUUUCUUAACGGAAAACGUUGGCCGCCAAUUGUGUUUGGUGCUUGCGUGAAUAUUAUAAGCUAUGUGUCGUUAUCGGUUUGGGAUAUCCCAAAUGGAUGGAAGUGGACUUGCUACAUCAUCUCGGGCGCUGGGUUUGGGUUGAGUGGACUUCUCAUGGCGUGGGCCCAUGAGAUCUGCUCCGAAGACAACGAGGAGCGUUCUCUAGUCAUUGGAAGUAUGAAUGAAAUGGCCUAUGUGUUCCAGGCCUGGCUGCCCCUUCUGGUUUGGCAACAAGUUGAUGGACCCGAAUACCAGAAAGGUUUUAUCACAGUGUCAUGCAUUUCGUUUGCUCUCAUUGUUACUACCUUUGUCGUUCGACAUCUUGAUCUCAAAGAAAAAAGUAAAAAGGCAGAAGAGAAUGCACUGGUUGGAGGAACAGAUGACGGACUUUCGGAAUUAUCUAUCGCCACGCCUGUGGACACAAAACCUCCCAAGGUUCAAAUUACAUAG